AUGAGUCACGACCAUACAUCCGAUUUUUUGUUAAAUGUUAAUGAUGAGGGUGUUCGUAAUUCAGGAGAUGUAGAAGUGGAAAUGGACAAUCUUGGUGAAGGUAGUCAAGCAGUGCCAAUUAGUGGUGGCAGAACUCUCGGGGAAUUUUUUAAGGAGAUUAAUUCCAUUCAGGAGAUGAUUCGUACGAUAAAAGAGAAUAUGGCAGCAAUCGAAGAUUUGCAUAAAAGGACACUGGUUACAGUUACAGAGGAUGAGAGUUCUCGAAUAUCGCGACAAUUGAAUUUGUUGAUUUCUGAAACAAGCCGUGUAGGCGGUCAAAUCAAUCAAAGAUUGACGGUAAUAAAGCAGAAUAACCGAUCAUCCACGUAUGCUACCUUGGCUAAAUUCUUCAUGGAUACGAUGACGGAUUAUCGUAACAUGCAAAUUGAAAACGAGAAAAGAUAUAAGGACCGAAUAAUUGGACAAUAUCGUACAGUUAAAGCAGAUGCACCGCAAGAAGAAAUAGACAAUCUUCUAGACAAUAACGUAGGACAGGCUUUUACAUCACAGUUACUGUUAGAAACAUCGGAUGAGCAAACGCGCAUGAUCCUCACUGAAAUUAAAGACCGUCAGCAUGAUGUAUUUCUGAUCGAGAAUUCGAUUGCUGAGCUUGACACGAUGCUUGAUGAAGUUCAGGCACUUGUAAUAGCACAAGAUGUGGUGCAACCCAUUGAAAUAAUUCAAUCCGCAGAUCAACCCACUAUGCAAGAUGCAACAUCUCUGAGAUCAAUGUCUCUAAUCGGUAUAUUUAAAGAGAAAAAACUAUUAUGGAUUUCAUUAGUUUUAUUUGGGAUCACUACAUUGACUGUAUUCCUAGUGGUUUUUCUUGUAAAAGGAGAUUCUUAG